UCCUGUGAGCCUGGGACGCAAUGAAACCCAACAACCAGGCCGUCCGGAGGGCAGCUUCCACCAGCGGGCUGCUCCUCAUCCUCCUGCUCGUCGCCUUCACGGCGUCCAACUACUCGUCGCUCUACACCGAGCAGUUGCUCGUCGGCGUGCCCGCCACCCCGGGCUACUCCUCUGCCACGGCGGGAUCCCGCGCGAGCGAUGGCAACGCCGGACUGGCGUGCGACGUGGCGAGGGGCGAAUGGGUGCCCGACCCGGUCGCGCCCUACUACACCAACGCGACGUGCCCGCUGAUCGACGCCCGGCAGGACUGCAUGAUGUACGGCAAGCCCGGGAUCGAGUCCAUCAUCCGGUGGCGGUGGCAGCCCCACGGCUGCGACCUCCCCCGCUUCGACGCGGCGGCCUUCCUCCGCCUCGUCCGCGGCAAGUCCAUGGCCUUCGUCGGGGACUCCGUCGCGCGCAACCACAUGCAGUCGCUCAUGUGCCUGCUCACCGAGGUGGAGCACCCGAGGGAGAUCGAGCCCAAGGACUGCGUGCACUGCACGCGCAAGUACCAUUACCGGGAGCACGACUUCACGGUGUGCGUGUUCUGGACGCCGUUCCUGGUGCGGUGGAACGUGACGCACGCCGGCGGGCAGAAGUUCAUGGACCCGCAGAACUUGUACCUGGACGAGCCGGACCCGGAGUGGAGCCGCGACGUCGCCGGCUACGACUACGUCGUCCUCAACGGCGCCAAGUGGUUCACCCGCCCCACCGUGCUCUACGAGGGCGGCCGCCUCCUCGGCUGCGCCAACGUCGACAGCUGCGAGGCCAAGCACAACGCCACCGCCGUGGCCCCGCACUACGCGGUGCGCGCGUCGUUCCGGACCGCGCUCCGGGCGCUCGCCGGGUUCCGCGGCCGGGUGGUCGUCCGGACGGUGGCGCCCCCGCACUACGAGAACGGGAAGUGGGACGACGGAGGAAACUGCCUGAGGACGGGGCCCAUGCGGAGCAACGAGACCAGCCUACCGGAGACCGAGGCUGCGUUUCACGUCGCGCAGGUGGAGGAGUUCCGGGCCGCGUCGGCGGCGGCGGCCUCGGAGGGGCGGUUCGUGCUGAUGGACGUGAGCGAGAUGAUGCAGAUGAGGGGCGACGCGCACCCCGGACAGUACGGGCACUGGCCGCACGAGAAGGUCGGCUUCGGCAUCGACUGCGUGCACUGGUGCUUGCCCGGCCCCGUCGACGCUUGGAGCGAGGUGCUGCUCCAUUUGCUGACAUGAUUGGCAUCCUGCUAAUUUUUCUUCGUCCUAAUUGUAGUUGCACAAACGGAAUGGAUUUGGAUGCAGCGUGUUACAAUGCACAUGCAUGUGUUUUAUGUAGUGUUAGGGCAUCUCCACCCCUAAACGGACACGGAAUCCGUCCGUAGAUUGAUCGCAUCAGUAUGUGGACACUGAUGCGGGAGCCCGGUCAUCGAUCAAGUCCGCUUACAUUUGAAACCAUAUUUCAACAAAACGGACAAAUUAUAUGCAAACCGGAAGAUUUUCA